UCAAUUGAUACUGCAGUUCGCUACCAGAUGGCUUCGCAACGUUUUCGUGAGCGCCAAUUUUAUUAAAAAGUCUAUUACUAUCGAAAAUAUCGCGACUCAUUACGCAGAGUAUCCGUUCAAAUUCAUAACCGUCAAAAUGUUCGAAUUCACACGUCGUUCAACGAUUCUCCCGACACCAGAAUGAUGAACAUGAUCGCGCGAAGGGUCCUGUAUUUGACAGAUAAAUCUAAUCGGAAUUAGACGCAUCAUUUCAAUUGUCAAAACUGAAAUUCUCCGCGGUGUCGAGUGAUUCACGGGGAACACCGUGCGUUUCGAAGUUGCGGCGCAGUAAAGAUAAUUGCUCGAUGGUUAUGGAAAAUUCUGGAAUGAGAAGCGCGCGCUUAUCCAGAACAUUCGUGUAGGCUUAAAGGGGGAUCCGUCGCUCGCAGAGAAACUCGCCCUCUUCGGUGUGUCGGACGGAGCACGGCACAGUGUACCGGACGAGACUCAAUGGAAACGAUCCUAGUGGCGGCGCGCCGCUAGGUGAUUGAUACGCGGUUGUGAUACAUUUUAUGGUGCGGAAAUGUGAGAGUUUCGCUUGGAGAACGAGGAAAUCACCGUUGACUAGCAUGCGACGUUAGUCAGACGAGGAGGAACCGAACGGAUCGCGGAACUUCGCCGAGAGUUUCUGUCAAGAUAAACGCGAAACAGGAUGACACUCGUGGUUUGAGAGAAGAUCUCGAUCUCGUGCGUGUAGCCUGCCAUUCACGACAUGGCGGGUUUUCGGGACGAGGAUAAGGCGCUCUUUCCUAUACGGAGUAUCUCCUCCAUUGUCCAAAUCUUCCAGAACCAGCUGGAAAACAGCUCGGAGCCGGACCUGGCUCUGCUCUCGAUCCUUGUCGGCGCGGUCGAGAAUUCCCUAACCUGCAAUCGAACAUUUGCGUCGCAGGAGUCGACUGUUUACGACGAGCCGAAACUGCCGGCGGUCGAGUUUCACAUCGCCGAGGCCCUUUACACGAAGUUCCACGCGGUGAUCAAAGGAGCGGUCGAUCUGACAGUCUAUGACACCAAAUACGCGACCAGGGAGCUUGUCAAAAAGGUGUCCGACGUGAUAUGGAAUUCUCUCACUAGAAGCUACUACAAGGAUCGCGCGCAUUUGCAGAGUCUCUAUAGUUAUCUCACAGCGAACAAAUUGGACUGCUUCGGAGUGGCGUUUGCGGUGGUAGCUGGCUGUCAGGUACUGGGAUUUAAAGACGUGCACCUCGCUAUGUCCGAAGAUCAUGCCUGGGUGGUUUAUGGAGAGGAUGGCAAUGAAACGGCGGAAGUAACAUGGCACGGGAAAGGAAACGAGGACAAACGUGGUCAGCCUGUCGAGCCCGGUGUAGCUUCCAGAUCAUGGUUGUACGUGAACGGACAGGCGGUGGUAUGCUCCAGGGCUAUGGAGGUUGCCACCAUAGUUUCAGCUAUAAAUCCUAGCUUGAGCGCGACUGCAGAUGCCGCGGAAGUGGCGUUGCUUCAGCAGGAGUUACUUUGGUUACUGUACGAUUUAGGUCAUUUGGCGAAAUACCCCAUGGCGUUGGGGAACUUAGGAGAUUUAGAAGAAGCGGCGCCGACACCUGGCAGACCGCCUGCUAUAGAUCUGUUUCAGGAAGCGAUACGAUCUGCAAGAAAGUAUUAUGGCAACGCUCACGUGUAUCCGUACACCUACCAGGGUGGCUACUUGUACAGACACGGUCUACACGCGAACGCGUUGGCGUCGUGGGCGGACGCGGCAGACGUUUUAAGGAAGUACGAUUAUUCGAGGGACGACGGAGAAAUAUACAAGGAGCUGUUGGAGAUAGCAAACGAAUUGAUACCGCACACGGUACGAGCGGACGAGCGUCUGCUGCGACAGCCGCGAUGCUUCGCGUACCUGUUGAGGUUCUACGACGGCAUAUGCCAAUGGGAGGAGGGCGCGAACACGCCAGUGCUGCACAUCGGAUGGGCCCGACCUCUGGUAAAUACCAUUUCGAAGUUCGACGCCGGUAUCCGGGCUCAGGUGAUCAUCGAAUGCUACGAUGCAGAGGCGAAGCAGGAAGAGGAGAGGGCGCAGAAGAGGGAGACCAGCCCCGAGGAGACGUUGAACAACAACAACAACAACUACUGCAAGACCAAGGAGAGGGGCAACACGGCGCGCGAUCUGAUCAAGAGCCUGGAGUCUAAAGUACCUUCGAACCCGGCGCCCAUGCAUCCCAGCAUUCAAGCUUUAACCGCGGCAUGCAGCGAGAAAAUACUUAACAGAGAUUACCUCCUGCAAGGCGGCGGGGAGCCGUUCGUCGCGCCGCCGGACGACGCUCUGCCGCCUGCACCUUCCACGUCUCAGGAAAACCUUGACCCCGAGGUGGAGGCCGACUCGGAGAACGAGAAGCCGAGGAUAACGUUGUACAGUCAGAAGAUGAAGGGUCUGAAGGACCUGCUGCUCGCCGAGAAGCUGAACACGCACGCGAUCUCGCUGCAGCUAACCGCACAGAGUCAGAUGAGGAUUACGAUUGAUGACGAUGAUGAUGACGACGAUGAUGAUGAAGAAGAAGAACUAGAGGGUCUAUCUUCCACAGGGCAUAUUUCAUUAGACGCGUAACGAGAGAAAGCACGCUACGUUACUGGACGUGAACUUACAUCGAAUCGUAAGGACACGAUACGCUCCUACAAUCGAUAGUUCUAUACCUUCUGAUGUACUUAAGGGACGAGCCGAACCACACGACGAAUGUUCUCGGAAAGUCUCGCGAAUCUCGUCGUGACACGUACGAGCCACGAUCGAAGCUGCGGGCACGAGCAUCGUUUUCUACGCGAAUCGUCUGUGACUCGUCGGUUGCGUCGUUCACAGCUACAUUCCUUCGUUGCCAGGUCGACCGUGAAAUAUUCGAACACCGUUCGAUGCUCGGGAAAGUGACGCUCGGUUUGACACGUUGGAUACCGUGAAGGUCACCGGUGACCUUCGUCUAAUCUGAUUAACCCCUUGCCGUGCAAUGACGAGUGAGACUCGCGAUGAAGAUUUCUAAACUAAUUCAACAAGAAUCAAUGUAUCAUCUUCAAAUGAAAUUUUCACCUGAAGUAGAAAAUUUUGUUGUAUUUCUUACAAAUCGUCGAUAGUGAAAUAUUACACGAGCUUAGUAACGAAAGUAAAUGGUACGCCGAGGGGUUAAUAUGAUUCGUUCGAUUAAACGAGGAUUAUUUGAGAAGUUUUAUACGUUACAAGUGACACGAUAUGCACUGACAUUCAACGAUUCGAACCUGUAACAACGUAAUUCAACGUUGAUAUAUUAUUUUUAGUUCCUGUAUUCGUUAAUUGCAAAAUCGUGGCGUUCAACGUGUUAAUUAGCCCACUUUUCACUUAGCAACCUGUUGCCUUUCGUUCUAUCUUCUGUUUAGCAAGUCCUGAAGUGGGAUUAUCUGCAGAGUUUUUGCUUUUAAAACGAAGUUCCCAACCAGAUCGAACGGGUUCAAUCGAAGAUAAUGGAGGAGGUAGUUAUAGUUCUUCAGGUCGCCUAAGUGUUAACUCUUUGCGCUCGAAAGUUCUUCACUCGAAGUAUUCUCUACUUUCUAAUCAGACGUAGACGACAUUCUCGAAAAUGAAUUUAACAAGGAAUCAUACAUAAAUUAGCUACCGAAGCAAUUUUCUUUUAAUAUUUCACCUAUCGAUGCAGUAUACGAAGGUUAAUGGCAAAUACCAAAGUUCAUAAUUUCGUAUCAAAUCAUUUAGACUCUCGAGUGCAAAGGGUUAUUUCCAUCCAUGCUACGUCGAACGGCAACGGACGAACAAACGAGAAAACGAAGUGUAUCGCGUAUGAGUAUCCGAAUGAAUGAAUGAAUGUACGUACGUAUGUAUGAAUGUGUAGUUCGAAAUUGUCGAACGAUUCGCGGAUAAACGGCGUCCGCGGUUGGUCGUCGACGAUCGCGUUAGCGGUACGUUUGUACACCGGAUUCGUACGCUGGGUGAAAAAGGAGAAAAAAAAGUAUUCGCGGCGCUGUUCACUGGCCAGGAAAACGCAGAGGUGUGGCGAUCAUCGUUUGCAGGUUUCACGCGGCGACGGUAUUGUGUGAGAGCGGUUGCAGGUUUUUCCGUUCAGACGGGUAUUCCGAUAUACAUAAUAUACAUAUACAUAUAGCAUAUACAUAUAAAUAAAUAUAUAUAUAUAAAUACAUAAGAAAAAAUAUAUAUAUAUAUAUCUAUCUAUCUAUCUAUCUAUCUAUAUGUAUAUAAAUGUAUAUAUAGAUGGAUAUAUAAAGAUACGAAAUCUGUUAACGCGCUAUUUAAAGAAUGCGAUUAUCGUAAAAAUAAAACGAACACGAAACCUCUCUUCUUUUCUUCUUCUUUUUUUCUCUCUCUUCUUCUCGUUUCUUUUCCGUAGGCUAUACGACUAUCGAGUACACUGUAUUGCUCGCCUCGGCGUUCCGACAUGAUGCGCGAAUUCGCGUUUCCGAUGAUCUUCGACUGGGAAUGAUUGUAAUCACUAUUGUUGACCGAUACACAGAGACACACAUACAGACGCAUACACACAUACACAGAGACACACACAGAGAGACAGACAGCGGCGCGAGUCUUCGGGCGUGUCAUGGAAAUGUCUUGUUUUUUUUUCUGUGGAUUAUAAUAAACUAUUUUAUUCUA